AUGCACAAAUUAUUCAAUCUAACCAUAUUGUUACUUUUAGGAUUCGCCAACUGCCAAGACGCAACACAUUAUUCUACCGAAAAUAUAAGUAACUAUAGUUCUACCCUAGUAUUUGAUUGCGUAUUCUUUGUCAUUUUUGUACUAGUCGUGAUUUCAAUUAUUCGAGCCAUAAUUAUGAGAAGACGACGAGUAGUAUUAGUGGGCUUGGUAGAAGACAUUCCACCUCAGAAUGUUGUGGUUGUUCAUCAAGUUCCAACAAAUCCAAACUAGUAUCCUCCCUAGUUUGUUGCCCCACCUGCUUAAAAUCCCUAGUUUGUAGCCCAACCUGCUUAAAACUUAUAAUAUUAAGAUUGGGUUUAACAACAGAACCAGGCAAUGCCCUAACAAUAACAACCACUUCCUCCUUAAUAUCCUCCAUAUAUGAACUAAAACUACUAUCCAUAACAAGCUCAACAAUAUCCAUAAAAUGUGCAAGCCUAUCCAGCCAAUCCAGUGUACCCACAAUAAGGCAUACCCAUAAGUCAGCCCCAAGGAUAUCCAAAAUGA